AUGGUCUAUACCCUGCCGCACCCUCCCUCUGGGCUUUGUCGCGGUUCGCUUGGCGGUCCUGGGUCCUCAACACGAUCUCUGGCACCGCACUCUUUCACUCCCAUCAGCCCAUCCGGCUCUAUCACACUUGCUCGACCCUGGCUCUGUCCCACUCACACCAACCCCAAGCCACCAAAUCGCUCGGCAGCUUCUGGACGGGUAUUCGCCCGGAUCUGCUGGACCGCUGGAAGUCCUGUCCGACCGUGGCUCCAGCCGGUCGACCGACACCUGUCUUCGCUUCUUCAGGCACCGGCCAGUCUGACGACCGCGGUUCCCCUCUUUUCCCUACCCAUCCUGGAACGCGAUCCUGCUGGUCUGGACGCCGUAGACUUUGUGGUUGACGGGCCGUCUUAUUAUCCCGUACCAGAAGCUCGAAGCUGGACCUGA